AUGCUGCGAAUCCUGUGUCUGGUGCCCUGUGGCCUGCUGACCCCCGCACGAGGGGACCCUGGGGCUCUGCUGCGGUUGGGCAUGGACGUCAUGAAUCGUGAGGCCCAGAAUGCCAUGGAUGAGAGCCAUAUCCUGGAGAAGAUGGCAGCUGAAGCAGGCAAAAAACUCCCAGGCAUGAAACCCAUCAAAGGCAUCACCAAUCUGAAGGUAAAGGAUGUACAGAUACCAGUCAUCACACUGAGCUUCCUACCUGGGGUGGGCAUCUUCCAGUGGUCCACGGGCAUGACCAUCACUGGCAAGAGCUUCAUGGGUGGGAACAUGGAUAUCAUCGUGGUCCUGAACAUCACAGCCACCAACCGGCUUCUGCAGGAUGAGGAGACGGGCCUCCCCAGGUUGAAGAGCGAGGGCUGUGAGGUCAUCUUUGUCAGCGUGAAGACGAACCUGCCUAGCAACAUGCUGCUCAAGGUGGUCAACAAGUUCCUGGACAGCACCUUACACAAAGUUCUUCCUGGCCUGGAGAGUAUGUGUCCAGCCAUUGAUGCGGUCCUGGUGUAUGUGAACAAGAAGUGGGCCCACCUGAAUGCCCCCCUGCCCGUGGGCCGGAUGGGCACCAUCAGAUAUGUCCUGGCGUCCAUACCGACCACCACAGCCAGCCAUAUUCAAGUGGACUUCAGU